AUGCUGAUACAGAUCUCUUCCGAGUACGACCUCAGUCACAACAUCUGGCUCAGAGAUCACUGCCGGUGUCCAUCCUGCUACCACCCCAAGACGAAACAGCGGCUACUGAAUACAUUUGCAAUCUCGCCCAAGAUCAGGCCCAUCUCAGUCGAAGCGACCAACGAAGGACUUCAGAUCCUCUGGCCUUUAGAGCACUCAUCAGAUCCCAGUCAUCCCGAGCAUUCAUCAUCCUCAUCCUCUUCCGAAUCCGCCCAUGACUCUCACGCCGCCCUCUAUCCCUGGAAAUGGCUCCGGAUGAAUUCAUACGCUCCCCCUCUCCAUCAGACCCACUCCGAGUCCAUCACCUACCAAGAAGAGAUUGCUGGGCCGGGAAAGACACUUUGGGGAUCGGGAAUCGCUGCGCACCCCCCGAGUGUGGGAUACGAGGAGGUGAUGAAGGACGAUAGGGGCGUAUGGAAUUGGUUGGAGAAGAUCUCGCAAUAUGGCUUCUCCUUUGUAGACAAUGUUCCUCCCACCCCAGAAGCAACCGAGGAGCUCAUCCGUCGCAUCGCCUUUAUCCGCGAAACGCACUAUGGUGGUUUCUGGGAUUUCACUUCUGACCUCUCCCAUGGAGACACGGCCUAUACGGACUUGGCCCUAGGUGCUCACACGGAUACUACGUAUUUUACAGAUCCGGCGGGAUUGCAGCUCUUUCAUUUGCUCAGCCAUGAGGCCUCUACAGACGGGGCAGCCCCGAGUGGUGGAGCAUCACUGCUUGUAGAUGGGUUUCUGGCGGCAAAAGUUCUCAAGGAUGUACAUCCAGAGGCAUAUGACGUGCUCAGCACCGUACGCAUCUCCACACAUUCUGCUGGCGAUGAGAACACGUUUGUCUCACCGCUCCUCAAGGCCGGAUAUCCCAUUCUACAGCACGACUUUGACCCAGCCGCUGCUGCUGCUGCUCCGAUUUCGGAUCUCGACGCUCAGCUUCAGACGCAUACCGCGUCUUCAUCUCACGCUCCACCCCACUCCCACGGCAAGCUAGUCAUGGUCCGAUACAACAACGACGACCGCUCCGUCCUCUCCCUUCCCGAAUCCCUCGUAGAACCCUUCUACUCUGCUUUAAACAAAUGGCACUCUAUCCUAACUUCCUCCGAGGGGGAAUACUGGCAACAACUUACACCUGGAAGAUGUUUGAUUUUUGAUAAUCAUAGAGUAUUACAUGGACGAAGUGCAUUUGUUGGACAGAGGAGACUUUGUGGUGGAUAUGUUAGUGGAGAUGAUUAUAGAAGUCGAUUGGAGGUCUUGAAAAAGAGGUAUGGUGGGAGUGUGGGAAGUGGGAGUGGAAGUGUGAGUGGGAGGGUAGGGGAGAAGGAGGGGCCUUUGCCAAGGAGUGUGUGGGAUGAGGGCUUGUAG